GGGCUGCCCCCUCGAUUCGAGCUGUUACUCCAAGGGGACAGCUUGACCGCUACCGCUCCCUUCUUCUACUCAACUCAUCCACCAUCCUCUUUGCUCUGUACACUCGUCCUCACCAUCAAUCGAUCAUCAUGUCCGCUCCUGCUUACCCUGCCGGUGGCACUCUUGUGCAGACCUUCAAGCGCUCCUUCACUGACGUCCCCAUCGACGCCUCCAAUGCUGUCUCUACCACCGAGUUCCUCGAGGCUGCCGAGGCCCUGACCACCAUGUUCGAUGUUCUCGGCUCCGUUGCCUUUUCUCCCGUCAAGAAGGAUAUCCUCUCCAACGUUGCUAAGCUCCGUACCCAGCAGGAGGCUGCUCCCGCCGAGUCCACUACCGUCCAGGACCUGGUCCGAAACGAGCUCAAGGGCAAGAAGCACACUGCUACCGAGGGUGGUCUCUGGCUUAUGCGAGGUCUCGACUUCACCGCCAAGGCCCUCGCCCGCAACAUUGCUACUCCCUCUGAGGAGCUUGCGGAUUCCUUCCGUGCUGCAUACGGAGAGACCCUGAAGCCCCACCACAGCUUCCUCGUCAAGCCUAUCUUCGGCGCCGCCAUGUCCGCCUGCCCGUACCGUACUGAUUUCUACGCCAAGCUCGGCGAGACCCCUGAGCUCGUCACCCAGGAGCUCCAGGUCUACCUCGACGCUCUUACCAAGAUUGUCGCCAUCCUGUCUGCGUUCUUCGGCAGCAAGGAGGCCAAGUGGUAAAAAAUUGCGCUGCAUGUCCAUAGCGGAAGCAGACUCAUUUCAUGAUACGUAACGACCAGUCAUGUGUCCAGGGAAACAGCGUAGUUGCUGGAACACGCCCUCUUUUGAGGGACUCAGAGGGAGAUGAAAAAUAGGACGGCACCCCGUGGCAGUCUGGAACUGAGCACACUCUACCAUGUUAAUGACAAUUACUUACCUCCGUCGUUUGUGUCAACGCGGGGUUGAAACCGAGACAUGUCUCAUUUAUGUGCCCCUCAUGUGCUACCCUAUAGGACUUGCCGUUGACGCCACGAAUGGCUGGCUCUCCAAAACGAGCUAAUUUUUCUUGUCUUGAACAGUCCUGAAACGUAUUAGUUCUCUUAGGAAUUCGUGCAUAAGCUGAUAUUGUUGAGAUGCAAGUGUGGUUGAGGUCAGCGGUGUCCCAUCACUAAUGUUGCC